AUGUCGUUCAGAGAGACAUCUUCCAUGGAGCAGCUUUGGCUCUCAGUAUUGAGGCAGCACCAAAAGGCUGCCCAAACACUCCGCAGAGAGAAGCACUUCGAGGGGCUGUGCGAGGUCCUGUGCCGGCUCGGUGACCUGUCGUGGCUUGGCCAGAAGCAAGAACUUGCUUGCAGCUCCUGGCGUGAAGCUGUUGAAGCGUGUUUCUGGAGAAGGAACAUGCUGCACGAGUGGCCUUACCUUGACACCCAAUUCUUCACCCCAGAGACAGGGCAAAUCGACAUUCGUCUUAGAAGCCUCAUACCUCUUCACCGCUGGGCCAGGUUCACACACCGGAAGUCGCACCACGAGCAACUGCAUGCAGCGCUGCUGGCUUCGCGCAUUCUACAUGGUAUCCUAAUGACGUCUGCUGAGCAUCCUUUGCCGGCUCAAGGAGAAUGGGGAGCUACAGAGCUUUUUUCGGGCCGCAGUGAUGGAGGGCUUCUGAGGCACCGCAUAAGGAAACUUCACGGGCAUCUAACAACGCUGCCUACAUCGCUGCUCUCCCCCACACCGGACGGUAGUAGAGCUCACGCGGCUGAGCUCGUAGAUGCGUUGGCUUGGUUUGCUUGCGUAUUACGUUGCUGUGAUUUCACGCGGGAAAAAGCGUUCCCAAUCUUGGCAGUAGCAGAGUACGUGGCGGCAGAUGUUUGUAGGAACAUCCAGACGGCGACGUACUGCCGCCUUUUGCGCUGCUUUCUCUGCAUUGACUGCAGAGACCUUCAAGCCGCUCACUGGCAGCUACGGGAAAUCGUCUGGGGAGUAGGAACAUCAAUAGCCUGCCUUUUUGAAAGAGGAGAAUUCCCCGGCACCAUUUUCGAAGGAGGCGAUUUCGCAGUCUUUUCUGUGGCCUUGUCAGACACCCCCACUCCUGGGUCGAGCGAGAGACAACAAAGUAGCCAGACGGCAGAACAGCGAGCCCCUCUCCAUGGAUUUUCCAAUUCGCGCAGACUCGACGAUAGGGAGAAUAUUACAGCACGGGAGGAUCUAUGGAGCUGGAAACUGCACAGUCGUCUUCAGGAGCUGUAUGGAGCUUCGAACGCUAGGAGGUUCGUUCUGGCCAAGGCGUCAUGGAUGGUCGCAGCCAUCUCUAACUUGUCAGCGCCGCAUUUAAAACCAGAGGAAGUGGCACAGCGGCUAGAGGGCCUCGAGCAAGUAGCUAACCUACUAAUGAUCACUCUGCAAGAGCUUAUUCAAGAAACAGACACUCAAUUACAGCCCGGGGCCCCAAAGAGACCAAUUUCGCCAUCUCAAGGACUUCAAGAGGGCAGCCCGAACCGGUUGGCGGGAAAGAACAGGUCCGCGGCAGAGAAAAUCUCUCUUCGUAAAGUGUUGGACACUCUGCGCUCUCAGCUUCAGCAACCACUGUGGGCAAAAGAGUUUCCCACUGAAGAUGCAUAUUUCGCCCUAAUGCUGCUUUCGCAAGUGCAAGAGACCCUCGGGCACAUGCAUAAGGCUUAUACUUCGGCAGAGGCCGCAGCGCAUGUUGCAACUACUAAGGGUGCCUUUGAAAAGGGCUUUUUAUUACAACCGACAAUCUUAAAUGGGAUUAGAGCUUGGCAACAAGUGGCGCGGCUCCUCUUUAGGUGCAAAAGGUUUUCGGUAGCAGCUAGUUUGGCGACACGCCUGCUUCAACUGUCGUCGGGACGUGUACUGCCGAAACUUGAUCAGGCUAAGCCUUCAGAGAUUAGCAAACUGCAGGAGGCCAAGGCCAAAGUGCCUUCAACUUUUCAAGAAGAUCUCUCGUGGCUCCCAUUACCACCCGAGGCCCCCGGCAUUCAAUCUGCCUCCCCUCCUGUGGAAGGGGCGGUUUGUUUACCAGGAGUGGUAGUAGAGCUUCUUGUACUUCUCGCCGGUGUGCAUAUUUCGAUGGGCCAGCCAACGAAGGCUCUCUGCCUAUGCAAGUGGGCACGGCAUUACGCAAAAGAAGCUCACGUUGACGGUGAGGUUGCAUUUGCAGAUGCAAGCCUGUUAGCUUCACAGAUUGUCGCGGAGUGCCCUGUUUUGUUGAAGCUUGCACAAGUGGAUGAUGGCAAGGUGCAGUUGUGCCAAGCAGACGUCUUCGAGGUGCACCACAGCACAGAUGCACCUGAAGCCGACGCAGCGGCACAAUGGGGCCUCAUUUCAGGCUUAAGAACCGAUGCUCUGAAACAAGCAGAAAUGCAUUUGCAACAAAAGUCUCUCUCGGAACUUGGCUUUUCCGGAAAGCCAGAUGCAAGAGCCAGAAAUUCCCCACCCACAGAGGGCCUUUCAGAUAUCCCUGUAGGCAAAAAAGAUAACGGACGCGUUGGGCCAACGCGGGCGAGUGCCCAGGAUUUACCAGGAGCUCCACUCUGGCAGCCUGCAACAAUCCCAAAAUUGCAUCACCUUGACUUCAAAAUGGAAAGACCUCCUGGAGAAGACUCAACUUGCAAAGACCAUCGGAACUUGUUUAACAAUUGGAAUCAACGGAGGGCAGCCCUGCUCCUUGGCCUGGCAGAGGCUUUUAAUCAUCAACCGGGAAAAACUGCAGAAUAUUACAAAUUAGUGGCCUUAGCUGGGCAACAGCUGCGGUGGCUGGGAGAACCCAGCCCGCCCUUAUGUGCCCAAGUGUGGCUCCACCAGCUGCACGUUUAUCGCUUGCAGCAAGAAAUGCAGCUGGGGUCCCGACGCAUUCCUGAGAGCAACGACACGGGCAGAGUAGAAGCAGCAGCGGCUGCAGAUGGACUGGCGACUCAACAGUUUCUGCGAUACUUUCAGAUUGUCGUUAGAGUUGCUGCGUUCAUUGAUAGAUACUGCGGGUCGGACUUGUACCUCCACAGAACACUAUUUUCAGAGGCUUUGUUGCUCUCUGUUCAAAUGUUGGCGCUUUCGAAGCGGCUCGUCUCGCAAAUGCAACCUCAGUCGCCAGCCGACGAUUCAAGUGAACAAGCCAAUGAAGCUAUGCUCAAGAGAGUUGCCUUCCAAGGAGCGCAGCUUUGCAUGUUAGCUCUUUUUCAAACUGAGCAACAGCGCCAGCUUACCCCGUACCAGUUAAAAGGCGCGGACCUGGAUGCAACUUUGCAUGCUUUGCGCUGCCUCAAGCCGCUUGUCAGGCUCUUCUUGGCCAUGCGAAGUUCCUACUUUGAUGGAGGAGCCUCAGAUGAAAAUUUUGGAGAAGACAGCCUUACUUGCGCAGCAGCUCUUGCUGUUUUGCAAGAAGCGGCUCGUCGAUGCCGGCUCCUCGGAGACUGGCUUUCGCUGGAUCGGCAAGUUGCGAAUUGCCUGCACCUGGUCCUCUGCAGCUUGCCCAACAUACAAAGUGCCAUUGGGCUAUCCCCGAUGUUAGCUUCGGAGGCGUUCGCUGGGUUUGUUGGAAUGACAGAGGAGGAGCCGAAGCGAAAUGCAGCCUCAUCUGACACCAAUGCUGGCAAAAAGGAUGUCCAAAAGGACAGCAAAAGCCAAGUGAACGACAGCCGUGAUGCACCUCUGUCUUCUUCGUCUGCCUUCUUUGACGGCUUUAAAAUCCCGCAGUUCGCCCAAAACAGCCAAACUACCACAGCUCAGCUCCUCUGGCUUUCCCCCGGGGCUGUAAACCAAGAGAGCCUCGAGCUGCUCCGCCGAACUCUCGGGGCUUCAAGCUGUGGCGCAGCCGGGCCGUACGCUGCUGAUACUUCACCUUUUAACCGCGCCACUGUAACAAGCACAACAAGCCGAGGCCAGUUCUCGCUAGCUGUAGAAGGAAUGCACCAUGAAUCUACGCAGCAUCUCACGAAGAGCGUGGCGCCAACGCAGGAUGCUACUGUUCUCGUUGCGAUAUUCGCUGGACCAGAGUUCGCGCAUGUGCUUCUUUUCCUGUGCAAGAUCGCAACGAGCAACGGAUCCUCAGAGGCCUACUCUGCGAGCUGCGGCGGCGGGAUUGCCGUGUGUGUGAAAAAAUGUAGCAAACAAAGAAUUCAAGCUUUGGCGGGUGCCUGCCACUCAGCAGCCGUCGAGUGGCGCAGGGAACUGAAGGCGCAGCAAAUCUCUGCGAACCACUUUUCGGGCGUUCGAGCCGAGGAAGACUCCCUCGAAGCGCGCACACUUGACAUAUUUGCUCGCGUCUUUGUCGCACUCAGCGAAGGCAAGUGGCUGUGCGCAGGAUCUGAAGAAACAAGCGCGUUCGGAACAGAUCCUGCGGAGCAGCCUUUGGCCGCCAGCGACAAGACAGACCCUCCACAAAGACGGCCAGAGGGAAGCCACCCACACCAAGACAGCAGCAGCAGCAGCAGCAGCAAAGGGGAAGGCAAAGCGCCGGCUUCUGUUUCUGGCGCAGCAGACCAAGUGAGCUUGCAUGUUGCUGCGGCGCGGCAGGCAGAGUCGCCGAAAAGCGCUGCAGACUACGGAGGCGUGGCAGCUCUGAAACUCACGAGUUCAACUAAUGCAACAAAUGCAGCAGAUCGGAAGCACAGCUUGUUCCGAGAGCCCUCCGCCUCCGCCAUGAAUAGGCGCCACUCGCGAGCGAGAAAGAGCAUUGUGGACUUCCUUGCUGAAACAUCCGGUAUUCAGAAAACAACGCUCGAGGCCGAGAGAUCAGAAAGCUACUCCGCAGCAGCGCGACUCUGUGCAGAGUUAAGAAGGGAGUCCCGCUCCGCAGAAGAAAGCCACCAAAAAACCCCAAAAGCCCUAGAUCGCUCCACUCUUAAGGAAAAGGGGAGGUCCCAGACUCCAGUUCAGGCGACUGAAGAGAGCCCUGGCCACGACGGAGGAAGUGCAGUUGUUGAUACACUUGACCUCUUCAGCUCCUUUUUAGGAGUUAGUGCGAUUGCUGCUGAAUGCAGGCUGAAGCCGGCAAUAAAAUUCCUCUAUCGGGCUCUUUCAAGGCACCAAGUUGCAGUCCUUAGGGACUCAAAUUCUUCGCAGACCUAA